AGAGACUUGCAGUUGCGUCAGUCACACCAAUGGCGAUCUUGGCCGGCCUCCUCGCCGUCCUCUCCGCGCUCCUCGCCGCCGCGCUCCGGCGCCUCCUCCGUCGCCCCGCUCCCACGCCCGCAGCGGGGUUCUUCCAUCCGUAUACCAACGAUGGCGGCGGCGGAGAGCGCGUGCUCUGGUGCGCCGUGCGCGCCGUGCAGGUGCUCCGCCCGGGCCUCCCCUGCGCCGUCUUCACCGGCGACGCCGACGGAUCGCCCGAAGGCCUUGCCGCCCGGGCCCUAGACUGGUUCGGCGUCCGCCUCCUCCGUCCGCCGCAGGUUGUUCACUUGGAUAAGAGAAAGUGGAUCGAAGCCAGCACAUAUCCCUACUUCACAAUGAUUGGGCAAAGUUUUGGCUCAGUUUAUCUUGCAUGGGUGGCUCUGACGGACUUUAACCCCUAG